UGUAGAUGGAACUCACAAUUUUUUACGAGAUCAUUCAUUGUUGUCGUACAAUAAAUCACCUUCUUUAUAUCUAAUUUGAUACGUCGCUUUUAGGAGACAAUGUAUCCGUUAAUGUUCACAUUUACAGCCUUCUUACUAUGCAUUCCAGCUACAUUUGGAAAAACUGUGUCGGGAGUUUUCAAGAGCGAUGCAGCCAGAGAGCAGAAUGGACAGUACAUCACAAAAUUCAUGUACAACGUGGGUAGGGGUCUGGUGGUGUGCAGGCUGGAGAAUGCUACCCUGGCCAUGGAGAAGGAGUCCAGACUGCUGCUCUUCCCGGAGACGGAGGACGGCUUCGACAUCGACAACCUCAGCUGCCACGACCGCCUCUCCAAGGCACAGCUCUCCAUCCGUCUGAGUGAGGAGGAGCACAACCAGAGCAUCCCCCACCUUCACUCCCCCACGGCCUGGAUGGCGCUGUAUGCAGACCGCUACACCUGUGGGGAGGGGGGCAUCAUCCCUGCCCACGGGGACCUGACCUUCACCAUCCUGCUGUUCAACCCUGAUUCGGCAGGCAACCCCCUGGAACACUUCAGCGCUGAGGAGGCAGGCCUGUAUAGUUUCUACUGUCUGCUGAUCCUGGCCUACUUUGUGGCAUCCUGUAUCUACAUUCAGCCUCUGUGGAUGGCCCUGAGAAAGGGUGGGCCCAUGCAAACGGUGCUGAAGGUGCUCUCCACAGCCUUGGCCCUACAGGGGAUCUCUGCCCUCUUCAACUACAUCCACCUGGCCAGGUAUGCCAGGGAUGGAGUGGGUAUUCCUAUCAUGGGCAGCUUGGCUGAGUUCUGUGACAUGGUAUCCCAGGUGUCCAUGCUGUACAUGCUGCUGAGUCUGUGUGUGGGCUGGACCCUGAGCAAGAACAGGAAGCCCCAGAGCAGACCUCUCCAGUGGGACUCUUCCCCCGCCUCCAAAGCCCUCGCUAUGGGAGGGGUCGUCACACAGGGGGUGCUACUGCUGUGGGAACAGUAUGAGGAGACGGAGCACCACAGCUACCACGCCCAGCGCAGCAUAGCGGGUCUGUUACUCAUAUCUCUACGUAUCAUCCUGGCCUUGCUGCUGGCCUCCGUGCUCUACACCAUCAUCAGCACAGAGAGGAGCGCCCUCAAGAGAGACUUCUACCUCAGCUUCGCCAAGGGUUGUUUUAUCUGGUUCCUGUGCCACCCUGUGCUGGUUUUACUCUCUGUGGUUUUCAACGAGCAUCAGAGAGAAAAGGUUGUGACAAUCGGUGUGAUUCUAUGCCAGGCUAUCUCGGUGGUGAUCCUCUACCAGCUUUUCCUGUCCCGUAGCUUAUACUGGGAAGUAUCUUCUCUCUCCUCUGUCUCACUACCCCUCACCAUGUCCAGAGGGGGCCGGGGACGCUACUGACCCCGCGUGCAGGGGGAACACUUUCAAUGUGAAACACGGCGAGGGCGAAGGGAUACACCGUGACACCUGCAGUUAAAGGGACAAUACUUCCACUCCUCUCCGCUCACUCACGGCGAAGGUGCCCCCACAGACGGGUGAGGAAAGAGAGAUGGGUGGGAUGAAGAGAAGUAGGAAGUUCACCCACAAAUAUAGAAGAGAAGAGGAAUGAUGGCCUGCUCAUGUAGCUGGAUAGCACACCUAUUUAAUAGCCUCCCAAACAGGAUGAGAAUGAGACCUGGGUUUUAAUAGCCUCCCAAACAGGAUGAGAGUGAGUCCUGGGUUUUAAUAGCCUCCCAAACAGGAUGAGAGUGAGACCUGGGUUUUAAUAGCCUCCCAAACAGGAUGAGAGUGAGACCUGGGUUUUAAUAGCCUCCCAAACAGGAUGAGAGUGAGACCUGGGUUUUAAUAGCCUCCCAAACAGGAUGAGAGUGAGACCUGGGUUUUAAUAGCCUCUCAAACAGGAUGAGAAUGAGACCUGGGUUUUAAUAGCCUCCCAAACAGGAUGAGAGUGAGUCCUGGGUUUUAAUAGCCUCCCAAACAGGAUGAGAGUGAGACCUGGGUUUUAAUAGCCUCCCAAACAGGAUGAGAGUGAGUCCUGGGUUUUAAUAGCCUCCCAAACAGGAUGAGAGUGAGUCCUGGGUUUUAAUAGCCUCCCAAACAGGAUGAGAGUGAGUCCUGGGUUUUAAUAGCCUCCCAAACAGGAUGAGAGUGAGACCUGGGUUUAAGCGCACAUUAAGUAUGUAUGUAAAUGAGACUCAUUUGUUAGUAUACAACAGAUGUGGACACAGGUAACUGCCAAAAUAAUGGAAACCCUUGAGUAAAAGAGGAAUCCAAAGUAUAUUAAAAGCGGGUGCUUCCACACAGGUGUGGUUCCUGGGUUAAGCAAUUCACAUCCCAUCAUGCUUAGGGUCAUGUAUACAAAUUCUGUCUGCCAUGGCUGUGGCCCUACAGGAUGACAAUGUCCCCAUUAACAGGGCAAGGGUGGUCACUGAAUGGUUUGAUGAGCAUGAAAACUAUGUAAACCAAAUGGCCGUCUCAGUCACCAGAUCUCAACCGGGGACAGUGUUUUCCACCAUCAACAAAACAUCAAAUGAUGGAAUUUCUCGUGGAAGAAUGAUGUUGCAUCCCUCCAAUAGAGUUCGAGAAUCUAUGCCAAGGUUUAUUGAAGCUGUUCUGCCUCGUGGCACAACGCCCUAUUAAGGCACUUUAUGUUGGUGUUUUCUUUAUUUUGGCAGUUACCUGUAUGUUAUUUACAAUAGUAGUAUGUAUGUGUGAAGUUGUGGUUUACGGUUUUAUUUUGAAUGUCAAACUUGAGCUGGAUUUGAUGUCUCUUUUUCAUUUUCUGACGGAGUAUAAGACUCCCAAAAUGUUACAUAGGUUUAUAAUAGAUUACAAUGAAAGGUUACCGAUUGUCAAAUUCAUUGCCGAUAAAGAUAACCAGGCUCGGACUGAAAUACCGUUGAUCCAUAGAGAUAUGGAUCCAUGUUCACUGUGGUAAAUCUCAAACCCAUCAUUUAGUCUGAUCUUAACUCUGUCAGAAAUAGAAAGUUGGGUCUUUUCUUUUUAAACAGAGUUGCUUCACACUGUUUUACUGCCGUUUCAUUCUAUUGUCGUCAAUUGAUCGUUCUUUCUGCGAGGUGCAGGUUUAGGGUGUGCUGAAGCUAUUACAGAAAUCACAUGGAACUCAUGGAAUCUUUGUGUCAUCCCCAGCACUCCAACACAGCAGCUAGUUGCAUGUGUGAGAAUCGUAUUACUAUUAUUAUGUGUACUUAUUGAAUUAUACUUGAAUAUGAACGCUUGGUAUUGUUUUGUCUGACAUUGGAGCUAGACAUGUGCAAUGUUUAAAUGUAGCUUUAUUUUCUUUCUCAAUCGUCGUAAGUGCCUGAGAAGACAAUCACUUUGCUAGUAGAGAAGGUACCUGUGUUUGUCUAUGAAAAGAUGGGUUUCACAUUGACAUACAUGUCCAGUCUGAUAGUUAAGUUAUGCAGAGAUAUUGGGGGGGAAAUGGUCAACAGAGCAGUGACUGUGUAAUGUUCCUAUUGAGCAUGUUUAUAACACUGUUUAAAUUCAUUACUGUAUACUUUUGUAAAAUAAGUCUUUAUCAGAUGCUAAUGCAAUACAAGAAAAUGUCUGCAGGGGGCAGCAGUUCUCUUGAUCUGUUACAGUAGCUUAUGUUGACCAGCGUUUCUCAACCCUGGUCCUCCAGUAUCCCCAAGGGUGAACGUUUGUAUUGCAACCCUGGACAAGCACACCUGAUUCAACUUGUCAACUAAUCAUCAAGCCCUCAAUGAGUUGAAUGAGGUGUGUUUGUCAAGGGCAACAACGAAACGGUCUAUUUUUGAGCAAAGACACCGCUGUAGACUACUCUCAACGAAUGCACACUCAAACCAUAGAAGUGACCGGUGUCUUUGCUCAAACUGCCUGCAUUCUCAUUCAACAGCUAAACGCAUGAUAAUUCUGGAUAAUUCAAACAUGGAAGGACAAACCACGAAAUGUCAGUUGCUAGGAAAUGCCACCACGACGCCCCACCUUGAGUACACAAACAGUUUCCCGCCUCUCCAGUUCCUCAAAUGGAUAUGAGAGGCUAAUAAUCAAACACUAACAUCAGAGCUAAGCCAAGUCAGUCUAACUUCAUUUGGGUAGUUGCUUGCAGAUAGAUAAUCAUCUUUGGUUGGUCAUUGGUUUCGGUCCGGCUGCUAUGGGUUCCAGUAUGUGACACUAAAUAGGCCAAUAUAAAUAGUAGCCUACACAACACAGUCAAAGUUGUGGAAACAUGCUGUGGAAUGUGGUUAAACUAACCCCAGACUUUUAAACAGUGAAAAGGGGAGGAGUCAUGUUACUGACGUUUCUCCACUAUCUGCCUGUUUUCUUUGGUGGUUUCAGAGUCACUGUAGCUGGUUAUAAUCCUUGCUUUCUGGAUCCUCUUUUUUCACUCAUUUUACCUUCAUGUUGCAAAAGAUCAAGAACAUACCAGGAACUAUGAUUGCUGUGUUUACACAGGCAGCCCAAUUCUGUUAUUUUUUCACUAAUCUGUCUUUUGACCAAUCUGGAAAAGAUCUGAUGUGAUUGGUCAAAAGACCAGUUAGUGUGUGUGUG